AUGGUCCCCCACCCCCUCCAGAUCCUCUCCAUCGACGAGACAAACCGGGCCCACGAUGCUGUCGUCAAAGCCCACCCCGGUGUUGUCAUCAGUUUCAGGGAGAUCUUCCUGCAAGAGCCCGCCAAGGCCGACCUGACCAAGUUCUUGGACCUCGAGCACUCCGGCCGUCUAUCACCCACGACACCCCGCCCCCCGCGCCUGGCCAAGGUCCAGUACGAUGUCAUCGGCGCUGACAGGGUCCCCGAUUACCACGAGUCCAUCAUCGAUGUGAACCGUGGGACGCGCGUCAAGCACGAGGUCAUUGGCAAGCAGCACCAUGCUGCCCUGACGCUGAAGGAAUUCGACACCCUCGUCGCCGUCUGCAAGGCCUCUCCCUUGUUCCAGGAGGCCAUCGCCGAGUUCAACCUGCCCGAGGGCUUCGAGGUCGUUGUGGAGCCGUGGCCGUACGGCGGCCUGGAUGCCGAGGACGAGAACCGGCGCUACUUCCAGGGCCUGAUUUUUGCAAACGACACCCGCACCGGCAACCCGGACUCCAACUUCUAUGCCUACCCCCUGCCGCUCAUUCCCGUCAUGGAUGCCCACAAGCAGGAGAUCGUCCGCAUCGACCGCCUGGCCACGGGCGGCAAGGGCGACGGCCUCACGGAGAAGACGAACAGCCCCAACAUCAUCGAGCACUGCGCCACGUCCGAGUACGUGCCAGAGCUCCUGCCCGGCGGAACGCGCAAGGACCUGAAGCCCCUGAACGUGCAGCAGCCCGACGGCCCGUCGUUCAAGGUCACGGACGAGAGCCUGGUCGAGUGGCAGAAGUGGCGGUUCAGGGUCGGCUUCAACCCGCGCGAGGGCGCCGUCAUCCACGACGUGCACUACGAGGGCCGGAGCGUGCUGUACAGGCUGAGCAUCAGCGAGAUGACGGUCCCCUACGCCGACGCCCGCCCUCCCUUCCAGCGCAAGCAGGCCUUCGACUUCGGCGACGGCGGCGCCGGCAACUGCGCCAACAACCUCGCCCUCGGCUGCGACUGCCUGGGCGUCAUCAAGUACUUCGACGCCGUCGUCAUCGGCCGCGACGGCAAGGCCACCCCGCACCCCAACGUCGUCUGCCUGCACGAGCAGGACAACGGCAUCGGCUGGAAACACACAAACUGGCGCACCGGCCGCGCCGUCGUGACGCGCAACCGCGAACUGGUCGUCCAAUUCAUCAUCACCCUCGCCAACUACGAGUACGUCUUCGCCUUCAAAUUCGACCAAGCCGGCGGCAUCGUCAUCGAAACGCGCGCCACGGGCAUCGUAUCCGUCGUCAACAUCGACGCCGGCAAGACGAGCGCCUACGGCAACGUCGUCAACCCGGGCGCCCUCGCCCAAAACCACCAACACAUCUUCUGCGCGCGCAUCGACCCGGCCAUCGACGGCCACCGCAACACCGUCAUCCAGGAGGAAUCGCACGCCGUGCCCAUGAACCCGGCGACCAACCCGCGCGGCAACUUCUACGAGGUCCGCCAGUCGCCCAUCACGACGUCGACCCACGCCGACGCCGCGCCCCAGCACAACCGCGUCUUCAAGAUGGUCAACCCCGGCCGCGCCAACCGCGUCAGCGGCCGCCCCGUCGGCUACAAGUUCGCGCCGCCGCCGACGCAGCUCCUGCUCGCGGACCCGCAAUCGGUGCAGAGCCGCCGCGCGGCGUUCGCGCGGCACCACGUGUGGGUGACCAAGUACCGCGACGACGAGCUGUACGCGGGGGGCCGCUUCACGCUGCAGAGCACCAGCGAGGUGGAUGGCGUGGCGGACGCCGCGGCCCGACGCGACCCCGUCGAGAAUGAGGAUGUGGUCGUGUGGAGCGUGUUUGGGCUCACGCAUAACCCCCGCGUCGAGGAUUGGCCCGUCAUGCCGGCCGACAUCUUUCAGAUCAACCUCCGGCCGGCGGAUUUCUUUGAGGCGAACCCCGCCAUCGAUGUGCCGAGCAACAAGAACUUGGCGAGCGUGGAGGUGUAUAAGGAGAAUAAGAGCUGUUGCGUGAAGGGGAAUUUGUAG